GGUUUGUUGGUGGUCACUGGUCAGUCAGUUUUAGAGGUUAUGACUUAUGACAUAAGAAAUAAAUUGAAAUGCUUGUCUGGUUGUUUUGUUAAACUAUUUAUUGUGAUUUGUGACAAAUGUAAGUAAACUUAAAACUAUGAUAUAAUUUUCACUUAAUGCAAUCCUUUCCAACAAUUAAGUUCCAGCCUAUAUUAUGAAAAUAUCAAAUCGAAAUGCUUCUCGACAAUCAUGUCGAGGGAAGGAAGAGGAAUCGUUGUGUCAAUUCUGAAGAACUUUUGGGACUCUCUGAAGCCGAGACAAUUCAGAGGAACACUAGUUGGUGAGGACCAUUACGGCACCAAGUACUACGAAAUCACUGGCGAAGGCAGGCAACGAAAAGAGAGGUACUUUGUGCCUUUGACCAAAGAAGAGUUCGACCAAGAGAUACCCAGCGAAUGGGAGUCGUGGCUGAGAGGUCGCAGGGUGACUCCGCCCACAAAAGAAGAAAUCCUCAAGAACUACCAGCUGAUGGUGUCGAAAAAAGAAAAUGCCACCGAGCUCGAUCUGAAGCACAAAGGAGCGGCAAAGAUCGAACAGGAGAAGCAAGCUACUGGUUUUCAUUCGUUUCCUGUCUAUGAAGAAUACAAAGACGACCCUCUUAAUAAGAAGUAGAUCACAUAUUUAAAUGAAACCAGCUUUAAAUACGUGUAAAUAAUUCCUUUCUGUACGGUACUAUUAUUAUGUAGCUUAGUUUGAACGUGUUGAGUAUCUCAUAAUGCGGAAUGUGAUUUUAUUCUUAUCUAUUAAGAAAAUAUAUUGUUAUUUUAAAAAUA